GUUAGGCUCUGCUGUCCCUUUGCGUGAAGCAGGCUGUUCGUGCCGAUCUCUCUAGGCUGCCCUGUUCCAACUAGUAAUGCCAGCACCUGUCCGGUUCGGUGGGUGCUGGCUGCCUUUUCUGUAAGCUUCUGCAUGAACCGUGACUUAUAAGGAUAAGCUCGAGGUCUGCCGUUUCUAGUUGGGUGCAGAAGAUCACACGGUUUGGGUCUCUUGAUCUGGUCCAGUGGUUCUAAAAACUGCACGGUGUGCUGAGUGAUCGGCUUGCUGAGCAGCACUUGUUGCUGAGGUAAGCGUCCCUCCCUUUUUAUUUGAAGCUGUUUUAUAUGCUCCUAUUGAUGACACAAACAGCACAGCAAAGAUCGGCAAUGGAAUCGUUUUCUUCACUUUGUAUAAAAAAGAAGUGGCCAUGUGGGAGUCCCUGACUGUAGCAAAUGUUAACAAGGAGGAACUGCAACAUCUAAGAGAGAAUGCUGUUCUAAGAGCACACGAAAAGGCGAAAGAGGAGACAGAAGCAAAAAAAGUUACAAAACAGGAGCACAAGAAGUAUGCUUUGGAGGCUACAAUGAAGCUAGAAGAAGCAGAAAGAAAAAGAAUUGAAGGUCUGAAAGAACAGGAGAGACAGAAAGUUGCUAAGGAGUUGGAGCUAUGGAGACAUCAGCAAAACAAUGUUGAGAAACAAAAGAGGGUACAAAAUGAAGGGGAACUACAUGAAGAAGGAGAGCAACUAAAGGAGAAGAAAAAGGAAAAAAUAAACAAAACCAGAAUUCCUAAUGAAGAAAUUUCUAAGACCAAACUCAAAGAUACAAAAGGUCGUGGUUCCUAUAGUAUCUUUUCAGAGAAUUUAAGAGAAGAGCAGUUGCCAGCUCCUCGAUCUGCCGGUACCAUUAAAAUCAACUUCACAUCACGAGUUUUUCCUACAGCUCUUCGAGAGUCUCGUGUAGCAGAAGAGGAAGAGUGGCUACAAAAACAGGCAGAAGCUCGAAGGAUAAUAAAUGCUGAUUUGUCUGAGCUGGAAGAUUUAAAAGAAGAGGAGAAAAAUCCAGACUGGUUAAAGGACAAGGGAAACAAAAUGUUUGCAACAGGAAACUAUCUUGCAGCUGUAAAUGCAUAUAACCUUGCAGUCCGACUAAACAAUAAGCUUCCACUGCUGUAUUUGAAUCGUGCUGCUUGCCAUCUUAAGCUGAGAAAUUUACACAAAGCCAUUGAAGAUUCCUCUAAGGCACUAGAAUUGCUAACACCACCUGUUCCUGAUAAUGAAAAUGCUCGAGUAAAAGCAUAUGUGAGACGUGGCACAGCCUUUUGUCAGCUGGAGCUGUAUGCUGAAGGUCUCCAGGAUUAUGAAGCAGCUCUCAAGAUUGAUCCUAAAAAUAAAACCAUAGAAAAAGAUGCAGAGAAGAUUCGACACACAAUUCAGGGAACAGUGCAAAAUUCUUAAAAAUAAAAAAGGAGCUUUUUGUGCCUUUUGGGGGCCUCAGAAGGAGCCUUAGUUCAUGUUCUCUUCAGUAUGUUGCUAACUAGAUUUUUUUUUGUUUCACUUGGAAUACCUAUUGAAUUUAUAAAAUACUGGAUAUGAGUAGUUAUUUUUUGGCAAGCAUGGUUCUAUAACAAAUACGAUUAGAUAUACUGCAUAUCAUUUUGAUACAAGGUUGUCAAGUUUUUUUUCUGUGCUGUGUGUUGGGCUAAAGAAUAAAACAUACCUUUUGUACUUGAUUUGAAGUUACCUACAGCCAAAUAAAUUAUUUGUCUGGAAGUA